AUGUUGGGAAAGGACGUGCAAAGUGUGUCAAUCGACAAGUUGGACUACUCCUUCGAAGGCGAAGAUAAAAUGUUAACUACAUCGGAUGCAAGUGAUUACUUGAAGCACAGCUCUCCCUCGAUCAAUCCCUUCGAAACAUCAACUCCAAUGUCUGCACACAAGACAAGCCAAACACUCACAGGGUUGAAGCUGCAAGACAGGCUCAAGUUCAACAAUGACAGGAAUGAUGGAAGUAAGAUCACACAAUCUGGCACAUUGCAAUUUGACAAAUCUUCGUUGGUACAAUUGUAUCCUGGAAAACUUUCAAGGCCCCCUUCUAAAUCUCCUUCUUUUUCCAACGUAGACCAGAAGAAGUUACAACAAAUCACCCAAUUGAAUUUCAAUUACAUGCAUUUCGAUCGGAAAAGUCCUCUAAAAAGUCCAGAGAAAACUCCUGUUUUGAGAGACAAACCAAUCAACCAUGAAAAUACACCAGGUAAAUGGUCACCCCUCAAAAGAGUCGGUAAACGUAAGAAUACACCACCUGAACAUCAUACGAAGAAACAUAAAAGAUAG